AAACCGAACAUCAGGCGCUACAGCACUGCACUUAAAUUACCCGCCUGUAAUUUCAUACCUCGUAAAUAUGAGGGGCCUAGUUAUCAAGCGACGGAUAAGAUAAAAUCUGUUAAUUUUCCUCCAGUUGUGAAACAUUUAUAUAAGAAACCUCUACUUAUUAACCAAGGUCACAUGCAAUGGUUAUUUGAUCACGAGGGCAAGAGAUAUUUGGAUCUUUUUGGAGGAAUUGUCACAGUUUCCGUGGGACAUUGCCAUCCAAAGGUAGUGGGAGCCUUGCAAGAUCAAAUCGGCAAACUUUGGCACACAACCAGUAUUUACCGUCAACCGAAGAUUUACGAAUAUGUUGACAAAUUAGCCUCAAAGUUUCCUGGGGAUUUGAAGGUAAUAUACUUAGUAAACAGCGGCACAGAGGCCAACGAUUUAGCAACACUACUGGCUAAAGUGUACACAGGAAAUAAUGACAUCAUUUCGUUACAAAGCUCGUACCACGGAUACUCCAGCGGACUUAUGGGACUGACGGCAUCGCAAGCAUAUCGUAUGCCUAUACCGGUACCAAGUGGAUUCUAUCAUACAAUGCUACCAGAUCCCUACAGAGGAAUUUGGGGAGGUUGUAGAGAUUCUUUGUCCCAGGUGCAAGGAGCGUGUUCCUGUUCCGGAGAUUGUAUCACUGCUGACAAAUAUGUGCAUCAACUUGAAGAGCUUCUAGGUAACUCAGUUCCAGCUGGAAAAGUUGCAGCGUUGUUCGCAGAAUCAAUACAGGGCGUUAAUGGAACCGUACAGUUCCCUAAAGGAUAUUUGAAGAAAGCACAUGCUUUAGUAAAAAAAUAUGGCGGCCUUUUAGUUUCUGAUGAGGUUCAAUCAGGCUUUGGCCGUACUGGAGACCACUUUUGGGGCUUCGAAGGUCACGGUGUUGUCCCGGAUAUUGUCACAAUGGCUAAAGGCAUUGGCAACGGUUUCCCAUUGGCUGCAGUGGUUACUACAGAGAAGAUUGCCGCUGUACACGCACAAGCUACGUACUUUAAUACCUUUGGAGGGAAUCCACUCGCUGCAACUGUUGGGAAAACUGUUUUAGAGGUAAUAGAAGAGGAGAACCUACAACAAAAUUGCAAAACCCUUGGCAAAUAUUUCAUAGAACAAUUAAUGGAUCUGCAAAAAGCACACUCCCUUGUCGGAGACGUUAGAGGCAAAGGUCUAAUGUUGGGUGUGGAACUUGUUAAACCGGGUACUAAGCAGCCGUUGCCCAGAAAUGAUGUGAUGGAUAUUUUAGAGCUUUUAAAGGAUAACGGUACUCUGAUGGGCGUUGGAGGUCGAUGGGGAAACACGUUGAGGAUUAAACCGCCAAUGUGCAUCAAUAAGCAAGACUUUUCAUCUAAAGUGAUAAAUUGUGAAGCGUCUAAAGAGCCCAUUGUGGAGUAUGGAAAGACAAUAAAGUUUGAAGGGUAUGCAGUUACUUUAGAAAACACCAUUUUAUUUCCAGCAGGUGGUGGACAGCCCCACGACCUUGGCUAUUUGGACAACAAGGAGGUCCUUCAAGUGCUUCGCAAAGGCCAUGAGGCAUUGCACUUUACCAAGGAGCCAAUAGAAGUAGGCAAAGUUGUGUCUCAAAAGAUAAACUGGGAAAGAAGGUUCGACCACAUGCAACAGCAUUCUGGUCAACAUCUCCUCUCGGCAAUUUUAGAAAAGGAGUAUAGUCUCCCCACAACUAGCUGGUGGCUGGGCGCAGACGAAAGCUACGUGGAAUUGGACUCAACGUGCGUUACCAAUGACGUCAUAACACGAGCUGAGUCUCGGUGCAAUGACUUGAUUAGAGAUGCUGUGCCUGUAGUUGUCAAGUUUUGUAAGAUUGACGACCCGGACCUUGACCAGGCACACACCAGAGGAUUACCAAAAGAUUGCAUGAACACAGUUAGAAUUAUAUGCAUCGGUGACAUUGAUGAGAACAUGUGUUGUGGAACUCACGUUUCGAAUUUAAGCCAACUGCAAAUGAUUAAGAUAACAGGUGUGGAGCCGGGGAAGAAAGGAAAGACCAACUUGAAAUUCUUGGUUGGCAAUCGCGUUACGAAAACGCUUCAGAAAAUGCUCGACAGGGAGAAGGCGCUGACUGGCUUGUUGAAAAACGAACCAACCAAACACGAAGAACUAGUGCAAAAACUACAAAAGAACCUCAAAAUAACCAACAAAAACUUACAAAACGUUCUGUCCGAGCUGGCUCAGUAUGAAGUGGACAAAGUAAAAACGGCACAACCUAAACCAAAGUUCGUUUUCAUGUUAAAAAAAGAAGCAACUCCUGAAUUUAAUCGGCUUAUAUGCAAAGGUUUGGAGGGGGAGGGCAUGCCACAACAGAUAUCGAACCCUACGGUGCUGCUUUUGGACUGUUCCAUCGCGUAUCAGAGGGUGGAAGGGAAAUUAACGUCUCUAGAACCAGUGCUGUUGCAGGAGUAUAUCGUCUCUAUCUCUGGUUAUACGCCUUCCCUCCGGAGGUACCACGUGCAGGGCCCCUCGCAGGAGCAGGAGUACCUGGCGCGCUGCGCGCUGCGGCUGGCGGCGCUGCGCGCGCGCGUGGUGCUGGUGCGCGGGUCGGUGGCGCGCGCGGUGCAGGACGCGCUGCGCGCCGACGGCGUGGCGCUGGCCGCGGCCGUGCGCGAGCGCGCGCUGCGCCGCGCCGCCAAGGCCUCGGGCGCCGACGUGGCCGCGUCCGUGGACGCGCGCAUCGCCGCGCCGCGCCUGGGCAGCUGCCGCAGCUUCUACGUGCGCAGCUGUGAGUCGCCCCUGUCCGCGCCCGCCCCGCCGUUGGCCAACGGCAAUACGGAAAAUCAUCUUAGCAUCUCAUCUGUCUGUGAGAGACCAGAGUGGGCGGCGCGACAACCCCUUGACACCUGGGCAUACGCAUAA